AUGGAUGACAAAUCUGUGCACGUAGUCAAUAAAUCUGCUACCAAAAAGCCAAAGCGACACAGGACUGCCUUUACCACGGAUCAAAUUACUGCUCUGGAGCUGGAAUUCGCGAAGUCGCGAUAUGUAGACCGCACUCGGCGUUUGGAACUGGCAAAUACGCUGCGCAUGACCGAUCGCGCUAUCAAAGUCUGGUUCCAAAACCGGCGGAUGAAAGACAAAAAGGAGAGGAUGGGAAGCCCAGAAAUAGAUAUUUCAAUCUCACCUAAUUACAACAUACCUACAUCCAACAUGUCUCCUCCUUACAACAUAGCUCUUUCGUACUGCCUGCCAAUAAAAUUUAUUUACUACCUACAGCCUGUGCACGUAGUCAAUAAAUCUGCUACCAAAAAGCCAAAGCGACACAGGACUGCCUUUACCACGGAUCAAAUUACUGCUCUGGAGCUGGAAUUCGCGAAGUCGCGAUAUGUAGACCGCACUCGGCGUUUGGAACUGGCAAAUACGCUGCGCAUGACCGAUCGCGCUAUCAAAGUCUGGUUCCAAAACCGGCGGAUGAAAGACAAAAAGGAGAGGAUGGGAAGCCCAGAAAUAGAUAUUUCAAUCUCACCUAAUUACAACAUACCUACAUCCAACAUGUCUCCUCCUUACAACAUAGCUCUUUCGUACUGCCUGCCAAUAAAAUUUAUUUACUACCUACAGUCUGUGCACGUAGUCAAUAAAUCUGCUACCAAAAAGCCAAAGCGACACAGGACUGCCUUUACCACGGAUCAAAUUACUGCUCUGGAGCUGGAAUUCGCGAAGUCGCGAUAUGUAGACCGCACUCGGCGUUUGGAACUGGCAAAUACGCUGCGCAUGACCGAUCGCGCUAUCAAAGUCUGGUUCCAAAACCGGCGGAUGAAAGACAAAAAGGAGAGGAUGGGAAGCCCAGAAAUAGAUAUUUCAAUCUCACCUAAUUACAACAUACCUACAUCCAACAUGUCUCCUCCUUACAACAUAGCUCUUUCGUACUGCCUGCCAAUAAAAUUUAUUUACUACCUACAGUCUGUGCACGUAGUCAAUAAAUCUGCUACCAAAAAGCCAAAGCGACACAGGACUGCCUUUACCACGGAUCAAAUUACUGCUCUGGAGCUGGAAUUCGCGAAGUCGCGAUAUGUAGACCGCACUCGGCGUUUGGAACUGGCAAAUACGCUGCGCAUGACCGAUCGCGCUAUCAAAGUCUGGUUCCAAAACCGGCGGAUGAAAGACAAAAAGGAGAGGAUGGGAAGCCCAGAAAUAGAUAUUUCAAUCUCACCUAAUUACAACAUACCUACAUCCAACAUGUCUCCUCCUUACAACAUAGCUCUUUCGUACUGCCUGCCAAUAAAAUUUAUUUACUACCUACAGCCUGUGCACGUAGUCAAUAAAUCUGCUACCAAAAAGCCAAAGCGACACAGGACUGCCUUUACCACGGAUCAAAUUACUGCUCUGGAGCUGGAAUUCGCGAAGUCGCGAUAUGUAGACCGCACUCGGCGUUUGGAACUGGCAAAUACGCUGCGCAUGACCGAUCGCGCUAUCAAAGUCUGGUUCCAAAACCGGCGGAUGAAAGACAAAAAGGAGAGGAUGGGAAGCCCAGAAAUAGAUAUUUCAAUCUCACCUAAUUACAACAUACCUACAUCCAACAUGUCUCCUCCUUACAACAUAGCUCUUUCGUACUGCCUGCCAAUAAAAUUUAUUUACUACCUACAGCCUGUGCACGUAGUCAAUAAAUCUGCUACCAAAAAGCCAAAGCGACACAGGACUGCCUUUACCACGGAUCAAAUUACUGCUCUGGAGCUGGAAUUCGCGAAGUCGCGAUAUGUAGACCGCACUCGGCGUUUGGAACUGGCAAAUACGCUGCGCAUGACCGAUCGCGCUAUCAAAGUCUGGUUCCAAAACCGGCGGAUGAAAGACAAAAAGGAGAGGAUGGGAAGCCCAGAAAUAGAUAUUUCAACGAAGGCGGACGCCCUGGCCAGGCGUAUGGGCGAGGUCGUGAAGGAGUACGCCGAAGUCGGCAGACCUGAGAUAAGCACGGACAUGAGGAUAUCGGGGCUAGAUGAGUCCCUCACCCUGGACGAAGUCAGGGAGGCGGUGGCCAUGAAGGGGGGCUGCUCCACCCGAGAGGUGACGGUAAGAGAGGUGCGCCCGGGACCAGGAGGCAUGUCGUUCGAUGUCCCGCAUGGGCCGCCAGAAAAGUGGCGGAGGGUGGGAGGAUCAAAGUGGGCUGGAGCCUAG